AUGGAGCCCGGUGGAGCCAGUGUAUUCCUGGGAAGCGGCUGCGGGUUCACCCUGGCAGAGUCCCGGCGCAGCGCUGCGCCCCCGAGUCCCCUCCCCCUCCCGCCGUCCAGAGCGGCUACGCCAUCGGGGCGGGGCUUCCGAGGGAAGUUGAGGGCGGGACUUUGGGUCCUCAGAGCCCGGGCUCGGGCAGGGCGCUGGGUGCCGCACGAUGCUACCCAGCUGGACGCGAACCCCGAGGGAGAUUCCAGCUAUUUCCAGCCUCAGAACUUGCCUCUAGGAGGCAGAAAUGGAGCCCACAGCUUCAGGACCAUCCCCUUGGACCCCUGUAUCACAGACCUGUAUUGUGGUAUUAGGACAGAGGACAAGGAGUUUCACCCAAAGGAAGACGUUUUGGAGGAUUUGGAAUCACAGGCAGAAAUGUCAGAAGACUGUGCUGGUGAUAUUUCCCAGGUAUCUGAGCUUGGAGGACUUUGUGAUGACAUAUUAGCCAGAGACUGGGGUGUCCCUGAAGGCAAGAGCCUGGGGCAAUCCACACACCAGGAUGGAGAUUUGAUGUCAGUAACAGUGCUCCUCAAGGGCCCUUUAGGGGAGAAAGGUCUGGACUGCAGUGGUGUUGACCAAAGCUUCAAUCUGAGCCCCAGCCAGAUGACACAUCAGGAAGUCCCUACAAAAGAGAAACUACAUCCAGAUGACACAUAUGGCCAGAGCUUUCAACACAGUGUGUACCUAAGUGGCCAUGAGGGGCUUCCCAUAGCUGAAAGCCCACUCAUAUGUAAUGGGUGUGGAAAAACCUUCAGUGGCAACCUUGACCUUAUUCAGCAUCAGAUAAACAGCACUGGAGAGAAGUCCUGUGAGUGCAGUGAAUGUGGAACACCCUUCAGUCAGAACUCAGUUGUUAAAAAACCCCAGCGAGCUCACUUGAACAUGAAAGCCUACCAGGGGCACACAGGCCCUGCUGGGCAUCAGGGUCUCCCCAGCCGUGAGAAGCUGUAUGUGUGUAAUGAAUGUGGGAAAGCCUUCAGCCAGAACUCAAGCCUUAAAAAGCACCAAAAGUCUCACAUGAAUGAGAAGCCCUAUGAAUGCAACGAAUGUGGGAAGGCUUUCAGGCGCAGCUCCAAUCUCAUUCAGCAUCAAAGAAUCCAUUCAGGGGAGAAACCAUAUGUGUGUGAGGAAUGUGGUAAGGCCUUCAGGCGGAGCUCAAAUCUCAUUAAACACCACAGGGUUCACACGGGUGAGAAGCCUUUCGAGUGUAAGGAGUGUGGGAAGGCCUUCAGCCAGAGUGCACACCUCAGGAAGCACCAGAGGGUUCACACUGGAGAAAAGCCCUAUGAAUGUAACGAUUGUGGCAAACCCUUCAGUCGUGUCUCCAACCUCAUUAAGCAUCACAGGGUUCACACUGGAGAGAAGCCUUACAAGUGCAGCGACUGUGGGAAAGCCUUUAGUCAGAGUUCCAGCCUUAUUCAGCACCGACGAGUUCACACUGGAGAGAAACCGCACGUGUGCAGCGUGUGUGGAAAAGCUUUCAGUUACAGCUCAGUGCUCAGGAAGCACCAGAUAAUCCACACAGGAGAGAAGCCGUAUGGAUGUGGUAUCUGUGGAAAGGCCUUCAGCCACAGCUCAGCCCUCAUCCAGCAUCAGGGCGUGCACACUGGCGACAAGCCCUACGAGUGCCACGAAUGUGGGAAGACCUUUGGUCGCAGCUCCAACCUCAUUCUUCACCAGCGAGUCCACACUGGAGAGAAACCCUAUGAAUGCACUGAGUGUGGAAAGACCUUUAGCCAGAGCUCAACCCUUAUUCAGCACCAGAGGAUUCAUAAUGGGUUGAAACCCCAUGAAUGUAACCAGUGUGGUAAGGCCUUCAACCGAAGCUCCAAUCUCAUUCACCACCAGAAAGUUCACACUGGAGAGAAGCCCUAUACGUGUGUUGAGUGUGGUAAGGGCUUCAGCCAGAGCUCACACCUUAUUCAGCAUCAGAUAAUCCACACUGGUGAGAGGCCGUAUAAAUGCAGUGAGUGUGGGAAGGCCUUCAGUCAGCGUUCAGUUCUGAUCCAACACCAGAGGAUUCACACUGGGGUGAAGCCCUACAACUGCGCUACUUGUGGGAAAGCCUUCAGCCAGCGGUCAAAGCUGAUUAAACACCAGUUGAUUCAUACCAGGGAGUAACUUGUGGGCUAAAAGGAGUAAAACUGAAUCAUGGUUCCUUUCUGACACCUAUGGACCCUUGUUUCAGCCUCUCGCUUCCCAGGCCUGAGGCUCACUCACUGCCCUCCACUCCAUACAAAGCCUGGAGCCCUCCUUGGAAACACUCUUUCCAGACUCCCUCUCCUUCCAUUGCUUUCAGAUCCUGUGACCUCUCGUCUAUGUUUUUUCUGUUUUAUUUUUAUUAUGAGCAGACUGUCACAUUGGUUAGGUGGCAAAGAACAUGAGGGCCACAUAUUCAUGAAUGAAGUUUAUCAUGAUGAUGAAAAUUACCAAAAAGUAAAGUGAUCUUUGAUUGGAGAUAACCACAAUAACUCUUUUGUUAGUCAUGGGAGUGAGUUCUCUGUCAGUGACUCUAUAUAUAUGUAUAUAUAUACAUGUAUACAUAUAUAUAUACACACACACGCAUAUAUACAUACAUAUAUUUACACACACAUUUUUUUUUAAUAUGACAUCAAGUGGAGGGAAUUUUCAGGUCUGAUUGCUCUCUUAUUGUCCCCAGAGGUGGUAUGCCAGUUAUUCAUUCUUCUAUCCCUCCCUUUCUGCAACUUGUACCCAGACCCCCACUGCCUUGCUUCCCUGUGCAUACCUGUGGUCAGUUAGUCAUCCUUGCUGCUGUGCUAUGACCCAGGUCCCAGCCUCUGGUUUCUGUGCCUCCAGUGCUGGACCCACAAUGGCAGCUCUCUCUUUGUACCUCCUUUUCCAGUGAGGAAGCUUCCAGGAUCAAUCUUCUCCCAGAUCAAUCUUCAUCACCAUACAUCUUUUAAGCAAGUACCAGGUGCCCUGCCCUAGGGCCCACCUCCUCAGUGUCCCCUAUGCCCUGAAAAGGAGAAAGGUUAGGUGCAACAUAGAUGUUACAAGAGAGGCCUCUGAACUCCAGCCAGCAAGUUGCAACAACAGAGUGUCGCAGGACCCAGACAGAAUCUGACCUACCACCUGUCAGUAAAUAAAAGUUCUGUUGGGGUACA